AUGCCCACGGUGGCGGCGGCGGCGGCGGCGGAGUGGCGCAGAGCCGCAGCCGGCGCGGCGUCCUUGCCGGGGCUAAUACGCGCGAGUCACGCGACCAGGUCGAUAGCUAGCCUGCCUCCGUCAAUUAUUCAGCGUGCGAUGCCGUCACCGCCGCCGCCGCGGACAAAGGGCGGCCGCGCGCACCGCAGCGACACCUACCAGCCCAGCGGGCAAACCUUAUCCGUUCCGGCGCUGGUGGGGCACGAGCUCGCGCGGCUCGCGCGUUACGUAAAGGGCGCGUCGUUGCGCGUGUUUGCGCGUUGGGCGCGCUCGCGGCGUGCGCUCGUGGCGGGGUCGCGCGCGGAGUGCCGCCACCAAGUUAUGCAACGCGCCGCCACCGUCGCCCGGACGGGAAAAUCGAACCUGGGGGGCGAGACGCUGCGCGCGCACCCUCGUCGAUACCCACCGCCCAGAGAGCUACGAAUAAUAGGACGCGCCAAGGGUAGCCGACCUCGCGGGCCGCGCUUCUGCGAA